UCUGGGCCUUUAGGCCCCAAGAACUGACCAAGAAGGAUUUGACACUUUAGCCACCAAGUCAUCCUGACCCCUUGAGAAUAACCAUCCAGUUUCUACUAACAAGGGGGUGGGGGAAUCUCUUUUUCUCAAGGGAGUUAUCAGCUAAGGAGAAAAUGUAGAUUAUUUGCCAAGAUGCAGAUAGAAUGGAAUGUGACAGUAGUCGCUGCCCAUUGCCGACAAACCAUGUCGUCCCGGAAGUUCUUCGUUGGGGGCAAUUGGAAGAUGAAUGGGGACAAGAAGUCUGUGGGGGAGCUCAUCACUUCGCUCAACGGGGCCAAGGUGCCCCCCAACACCGAAGUGGUAUGUGCACCUCCUUCCAUCUAUCUUGACUUUGUUCGUCAGAAAUUGGAUCAAAAAAUCUGUGUGGCUGCUCAGAACUGCUACAAAGUGGCCAAGGGUGCAUUUACUGGGGAGAUCAGUCCUGCCAUGAUUAAGGAUUGUGGGGCCACUUGGGUGAUCUUGGGACACUCGGAAAGGAGGCACGUCUUUGGGGAGUCAGAUGAGCUCAUUGGGCAGAAGGUAGCCCAUGCUCUGGCAGAAGGCCUGGGAGUGAUUGCUUGUAUUGGGGAGAAACUGGAUGAAAGGGAAGCUGGAAUCACUGAGAAGGUUGUUUUUGACCAAACCAAGGCCAUUGCAGAUAACGUGAAGGACUGGUCCAAAGUCGUCCUAGCCUAUGAACCCGUCUGGGCUAUCGGUACUGGCAAGACAGCUACGCCCCAGCAGGCCCAAGAGGUACAUGAGAAGCUUCGGUCUUGGCUUAAGACCCAUGUCUCAGAACCUGUAUCACAAGCAAUCAGGAUUAUUUAUGGAGGCUCUGUGACUGGGGCCAAUUGUAAGGAACUGGCCGGCCAGGCUGAUGUGGAUGGCUUUCUGGUGGGUGGAGCUUCUCUUAAACCUGAAUUUCUGGACAUCAUUCAAGCCAAAAAAUGAGACCUUCACGUGGCCCCGCAGGCCUCCAGCCUGGACUAGGUGUAGGCUAUACAAGUCCGGUGUACCCCCUCCCCCUCCCAUGUGGUUGUGAUUUUGAUUCCCCACCUCCCAUGGUCUACUUCAAUCUAUACCACCUUCCACCUUGUAGAUGCCCUGUGUGCUCCAGUUCUCAGCUCCCUAGUUCUUCCUCCAGUGGACCAGGCCUUUCUCCAUUAACUGUAAAUUUGAAGGAAGCA